AUGGAAACUAUCAGUGUGUCGCCACCAACAUCUUUUGGUCCACACACCAGCCCUAAAUACCAGCUACUGGUGAACUAUGGCCCUCUGAGUGUGAACAUCUCUGGCCCAGUGUCAGUGGUGAUUGGCUCAGUAAUCACAGCUACGCUGAAGUGCUCUGCCAACUCCCAGCCAACCAGCGAGUACGGGUGGAAAUUCAACAACCAAUCAGUGCUGGGGACUGGUCCUUUGAUGGCUGUUGUCGCCUCCUUGGAGAAUGCAGGGGACUACACUUGUGUGGCCAAGAACCCUGUGACCAACAUCUCAAUGUCCAAGACCAUCACUCUGGAUGUCACUGGCCACUCGACUGCCCCUCCAUUCCAGUCCAGAGUUGGUCUGAUGCUGAUGGCCCUGCUAGCUCUCUCUCUCUGCCUCUGAUCAACCACUGAGACCACCACAGUAUGCACACUGCAUGUCUGUCUGCUGGCUGGGAGCCAAUCACUCCCUUCCCUCUACCCUCACUGACCUGAGAAAGGACUGGAUAGGAAUAAGUGGUAUUGUCGAUAUUAUGAUUGCCCCAUCUUGCCACCAUAGGGCUGGGUUUAGUAUGCUCAGCUCCUUUCCAAUGUUUUUAGGUUGUGAGGAGAGAGUCAACAAGAGGUCAG